AACUACUACAGCCACAACUAACUUCAAUCUCAAUGCCAUUUCGUCUCCUCCCUUCUUCCUCCUCGCGUGUCAAAUAUAUCUGAAACAGAAUAAAGCAUAAUUUAUUCCAUUUCUUUCUUUCACUUAACAGAGCUAUCAUCAUGAGUUUUCGAGAUCUUGAGGCUGGAAAGCUUUUCCAGCAGCAGAAGAAGCAACAAGAAAAGGACCCCUCUCAAGCUGUGGCCGCCGGAAUUUUCCAAAUCGACACCGCCGUUUACUCCCUCAACCGCCUCGUCAAUUCCCUUGGAACUCCCAAAGACACCAUUGAAUUGCGGGAGAAACUGCACAAGACAAGACAACGUAUUAGUGAAUUGGUGAAAGAUACUUCUGCUAAACUUAGGCAAGCCAGUGAAGCCGAUCAUUAUGGUGAAGUCAGUCCUGCCAAAAAGAUUAAUGAUGCUAAGCUUGCAAAACAGUUUAGGACUGCUCUUAAUGAAUUUCAAAAGGUUCAAAGGCUUGCGGCUGAGAGGGAAACAAUGUAUGCUCCUUUUGUUCCCAGAGAAGUUCUUCCAUCCAGCUAUAAUGCCCAUGAGCCUGGUGUAAGUUCAUCUGAGAGUCAUGAACAGCAGUCUCUUCUCCUAGAAUCUAGAAGACAGGAGGUUUUAUUCUUGGAUAAUGAGAUCGCAUUUAAUGAAGCUAUAAUUGAAGAAAGAGAACAGGGGAUCAAAGAAAUUCAGCAACAGAUUAGUGAAGUAAAUGAGAUUUUCAAAGAUCUAGCUGUUUUAGUACAUGAGCAAGGAGUAAUGAUUGAUGAUAUUGGUUCUAACAUUGAGAAUUCUCAUGCUGCAACUGCACAAGCUACUUCCCAGCUUGCGAAAGCUUCGAAGAUUCAAAGAUCUAACUCAUCCAUGUUCUGUUUGCUCCUUGUGAUUUUUGGGAUCAUUCUGCUCAUUGUCAUUAUAAUUGUCGUCGCUUGAGCUGCAUAUUUUGUUUCAAAAUCUGAACUUGAUUCGAGACACGGCUGCUUUGUGAUCUCCUUGGUGGUAUAAUUUGACAAGAGCUCCUGCCUGACUCAAGUUGGAUGGAUUUACCCUAGCAACAUUGCGCAGAAGGCAGUACGCCAUUCUGGACCAGAUGCAGAGAUAGGUCAUCAAUGUACAGGCAAUGGACUCUGUUCCUGUUAUGCUGUUGGCUACUAUUACUGAUCAUUGUAUAAAUUUUAUCUUCUAACAUUGGUGUAAGGAAAUGAGCCGGAUUCCUUUUUCAGUAAAUGAUUGAUUAUUCUCAGUUGUGGCCUAAAGAAUAAUAUUAGCUAUAGUCUU